AUGGACAACGACAAUUUCAACCUCCUCGCCGAUGCCGCCUGGGGAAUUCCCAGUGACCCCAACCGCCCUCGCACGAACCUGAAGCAGAUCGCGCCGGUAUACUACCAGAACUUCGGGGAGGACCAGGUCACGAGCGACUGGGUUGUGGACUACAUGCCGGAAUCACCGCAGGACGGAGGUUUCGGCCAGAAACCGUCGGAACAUGACCGCUUCGAGUCCUUUAACGCGCUUGUGGCCGCUAUCAGGGCCACCCACGGCGAACUCCUCAGCGUCGAGCACAUUGUUGAGGACCUUUUGAAGGACCCAACUUGGUACCUUUCGAAUCAUGCUACCGAGUGGGGUGCUGGGGUGCUCUGUUCGCUCAAGUCUUCCGUCCCGUUAGUGGAGGAGGCCGAGGAGAAUAUGAAGGGGGGCAAAGCGCCUUCGGUUGACCAAGGGCAAGGGCAAAGCAAAGGCCGCGCAGGGGAAGGGAAAGGGGACUCGGAAGGCUACGAGACUGUUGCAUGUUCGCAUCGGCCCCUCAAGCGCAAGCGGGCUGCCCCCAAGCCUAAGACGGCCGCCAGUGUUGCCGCCAGCACAACCGUCGCUCUCGAUGGUGAUAUGCCUACCGCUUCGACCUCCGCGGUCACCCUCGAGGCUCCAGCGCCACAAUCUCGGCCCAUCCGUCCCAUUGGGACCCGCCGCAGCACCCGCAUUGCUAGCUUGCCGACUCCCAACACGCUUUAA